AUGGGACGUCUCCGAGACCUAAAAAAGGCCACCGAAGCAUACUGGGGAGGCAAACUCUCUCGCAACGAGCUGCUCGACGAGGGCAAGAGACUCCGUCUCGAGCACUGGCAAAUCCAGAAGAAGGCCGGUGUUGAUCUUAUUCCCAGCAAUGACUUUGCUCUCUACGACCAAGUCCUUGAUCAUAUCCAACUUUUUGGUGUAAUUCCUGAGAGAUAUUCCAAGUAUGGCCUCCAUCCCGUUGACGAAUACUUUGCCAUGGGUCGAGGCUUGCAAAGGCCUGCCAAGGAUGGCGAACCUGCUGUCGACGUCCCCAGCUUGGAAAUGGUAAAAUGGUUCGACUCAAACUACCAUUAUGUUAAGCCUACCCUCCAGGACUCUCAAACCUUCACGUUGUCAAGCAACCCUAAGCCGGUUAUUGAAUUCAAGGAAGCUAAGGAUGCUGGUAUUACCACUCGCCCAGUCCUUCUGGGUCCCGUUUCCUUCCUUGCUCUCGCCAAGGCCGAUCGUGACCAGACCAUCGACCCCAUCUCCGUUGUCGAUAAGCUCGUCCCUCUCUACAUUGACCUUUUGGCCCAGCUUAAGGCUGCUGGAGCCGAGGAUGUUCAGAUCGAUGAACCUGUCUUGGUGUUUGAUUUGCCAGAGAAAACUAAGGCUGCUUUCAAACCAACCUACGAGAAGCUAGGCUCGCUUGGUGACAAGGCACCUCGGUUGGUUCUUGCAACCUAUUUUGGUGACAUUGUCCACAACAUUGACGUCCUCCCAUCCCUCCAAAGCCUCCAUGGUAUCCAUGUCGACUUAGUCCGCAACCCAGAGCAACUCGACACCGUUAUCAAUGCCCUUGGACCCAAGCAAACUCUAUCUGCUGGUGUUGUUGAUGGACGUAACAUUUGGAAGACCAACUUCAAGCGAGCAAUUGAGAUCGUUGAGACUGCAAUCCAAAAGCUUGGCAAGGACAGAGUUGUUGUUGCCACUUCGAGUUCUCUUCUACACACCCCUCACACCCUCGAAAGUGAAAAGAACCUUGACCCAGAGGUUCGGGAUUGGUUCAGCUUCGCUGUUGAGAAAGCCACUGAGGUUGUUAUAAUUGCCAGGGCUGUCACUGAAGGCCCUGCUGCUGUGCGGGAGGAGCUUGAGGCUAAUGCCAAAUCCGUCCAAGCACGUGCUUCAUCCAAGCGGACUAAUGAUCCCAAAGUCAAGGAGAGACAAGCUGCUGUCACUCCUGAAAUGCACAACCGCAAGUCCCCGUUCCCAACCAGAAUUAGCCAACAACAAACAAAGCUUAAUUUGCCAAUGUUCCCAACUACGACUAUCGGAUCUUUCCCUCAGACGAAAGAUAUUCGGAUCCAGCGGAACAAGUUCACCAAGGGUGAAAUUACGGCUGCGGAUUACGAGAAGUUUAUUGAACAAGAAAUCCAGGACGUUGUUAAGAUUCAGGAGGAACUUGAUCUGGAUGUCUUUGUCCACGGAGAGCCAGAACGUAAUGAUAUGGUCCAAUACUUCGGUGAGAGGUUGACUGGAUAUGUAUUUACCACCCAUGCUUGGGUCCAGAGCUACGGUUCUCGUUGCGUCCGCCCUCCUAUCAUUGUUGGGGAUAUCUCGCGUCCUGCGCCAAUGACAGUCAAGGAGUCCAAAUAUGCUGCUUCCAUCUCCAAGAAGCCCAUGAAGGGAAUGCUCACUGGUCCGAUCACUUGUCUGCGGUGGUCUUUCCCUCGUGAUGACGUUCAUCAGUCUGUGCAAGCUCAGCAGCUCGCCCUUGCUCUCCGUGAUGAGGUCGUUGACUUGGAAGCUGCUGGCAUCUUUGUUAUCCAGGUUGAUGAACCAGCUCUUCGUGAAGGCCUUCCACUCCGAUCCGGAAAGGAGCGUGAAGCUUACCUCGACUGGGCUGUCAAGGCUUUCCGCCUUGCCACAUCCGGAGUAGAAGACAGCACUCAGAUUCACUCCCACUUCUGCUAUUCCGAGUUCCAAGACUUUUUCCAUGCCAUUGCAGCCCUUGAUGCAGAUGUUCUCAGUAUCGAGAAUAGCAAGAGUGAUGCCAAGCUUCUCAAAGUCUUCGUCGACGAGGCUUACCCACGGCAUAUUGGCCCUGGUGUAUAUGAUAUCCACUCCCCUCGUGUCCCAAGCGAGCAGGAAAUCAAGUCUCGCAUUGAGGAGAUGCUUCACUAUCUUCGACCAGAUCAACUCUGGAUCGACCCUGAUUGUGGUUUGAAGACAAGACAGUGGACUGAGACCAAGGCAGCUCUCACCAACAUGGUGAAUGCCGCCAAGUUUUUCCGCCAAAAGUAUGCUAAAUAA